UGAAAAUUAAUUUCGAUAAUGAACGGUAGGAAGAAAUUCAAUGUAUGAUUUUUGAAACACACAAUCUUUCGAAGAACUUAAUGAUUUCGCGUCCCAAUUUUUUUUAAUCAUUAUCUAAAACCAAAGCAUCGCUGUUUUAACACCUUUAAUAAAAGAAGAGACUCGAUGAAUAAAACUUAUAUGCACGUAGAGAUAGUUAGGAUUUGAGGAAUACGUUUAGAUAAAGGAAGAAUAAUUAGUUUCAAUAACAUGAAAAAUGAAUUAUCGUCAGGCUAUUUUGAAUUUACUUACUUUUGGAUGGCUCAACAGAAGAAAAAAGCGGACCAAGGUUCCUUUUGAAGAAGAAAUAGAUAUCGUUGAAGAAGAGCCAUGUAAAGUGUUUGACGUAUAUGUGGAUAUUCCGAAAGAAAUAGUUUUGCAUUAUAAGCACUGUGACGUGCACGGAUAUACGAUACCAGUUGAUUUGAAAACAGCUUUGUAUAAAUCUAACAUUUUCUUCCAUCCAAAUAUAUCAGCGGAUGAUGCUCCAGCAUGCAUUUUACACAAUGCUGAAGUUCCAGGAAGUGAAAAAAACCGUAUUGAUAAUGGACGAAGAAGUAUUUUCGGCCGGAGGAGUAUAGAUGAGAUUCCAGCGGUGGCUAUCCAUAAAUUUAAACUGGCAGAAGAGACGAGAGCAGAUGGAGCUGAUGAAGUGAGACAGCAAAAUAACCAGGCUACAACGUCCAACAGCUCAUACAGCUGUCCUGAUAGAAUGAAACGCAGUAGUACACUUUGUUUCAAUCUUUCAAGAAGGCAUUCUGAACACGAUAGACCAGCUAGCCUACUCCUCCAACCAAGAAGAUUUACUCCUGAGCCUCGGCAAAGAAGAUUAACAUCAAAGAGUGUCGUUAUCAUCACUCCAGAUGAAGAAAAUCCCAAAUAGAUAUUAAUAUAAUUUCAGUAAGGAUAUGUGCGGACUGGUUCAUUGACAAGAGGAUCGUCUGGUCUGACAACUGAAAAACAAAAAUAUUUUUAUUAGUGCUCAGUAAAAAUGU